AUGCCUUUAUUGCAGCCAUCAACUUGCUUUUGCUAUCCGCUGAAACUACCUCCAUCGCCGCUAGCCACCGAUUCCAACGAGCUGGAUGAAUGCGCCAGGAGAAGAUUGACGCUGGACUAUAGGACGGGGUCAGCUGUAACGCUGACGAGGUCGAAUAUCUUCGUGCAUGGCGGUCUGACCAUUCCGCUGAACCUACCCGUUAUAAACUCUAUGCAAUUACAGAAGGAGCUUAUCCUGUUCUUUGCCAAGGAGAAAAACAAUGGGAGUUCUUUUAAGAACUUGAACGAAUGGAUAAGUAAGGAGACCUUUUUCUUAGACCUGAUGUCUAGGACCUGGUACAGAGUGAAAACGUCCUUUGACGAGAAGACAGAGGAACUACAGAAGGGGGGCAGUGCCGCUUCUAAGCUAGAUUCUGGCACGGAGGAUAUCCCAGCGGGAGUUAAGAGAGCAAGCUCCCUCGAAUCUCCCCUCAGGGAAAGACUGUUGCAUUCCCUAUGCUAUUUAGACGGCUGUUUAUAUAUAUUCGGCGGUCUUACAGUGUCCCCGCAAAGCGGGUAUGAGUUGAUUGCCACUAAUGAACUGUGGAGAUUAGACUUGAACACCAAAAAAUGGUCUCUGCUAAGCAAAGACCCUCAAAUAACGAGAAGGUUCAACCAUAACAUGCAUGUGAAAAACGAAAAUAAUGACAGUAGAGAUACAAAGCUGAUAAUAGUGGGCGGGCUUAAUAACAUGGACCAGCCGGUAAGGAAAAUAGACAUUUACAACAUCUCACAGAAUUGCUGGCAGUCCGAGACAGUUCCCAGACAACCAAUGGAAAUUACUACAAAUGUUGAUGGGAAGCCUGUGGCGUUAACCAAAGAUCAGAAUUUCUCCAUCCUGGUGGAGAAUAACGAAGCUAAUGUUCCUGCAUUGGCAUUUUACAUGCGAAGUGACCAAAUAGACGAAAGCCUGGGCAAGGAUAACUCGAAAACGAAAAACCAGUCGCCCAUAGUGGCAUUGCCCCUGUUGUCCGGUUCACAAGGUAUCCGAAUGCCCUCGAACCCGGCCCUGCCGAAAAAGCUAUUGAAUGUUCCCUACGAGUUGUUGGCACCAACAGGUGACUAUUUCGGGUUCAAUAUUGUGAUAGGUGGGUUCCAUCCGAACUACGAGUCUUCCAACUUCCACUGCUUCAUAUACGAUAUCAAUUCAGGGAAGUGGUCGCGUGUGGCUACUGCUUGUCCAGAUUGUGAUAUUAACAAACACCGAUUCUGGAGAAUGUUUGUGUGGAAGUCACACCACCAGACUGUUUUGUUAGGUACCAAGACCGACGAUUAUCAUUCCCCUAGUGUUYAAAGAUUCGACCAUCUUUCCACUUUUGGUCUACCCCUAAUAAAUAUCUUCAACAAGACAAUACAACUGCCACAUCACAGAGUAUCGGCUUCGUCUUUGCCCAUACCGAUAGAGAACAUGGCAAAACAUAAUGACAAGCCAUUGAGGAAAUUAAGUUUCACUUCGUCGGCUACUUCUCAAUUUGAAAGUUACAUUAGAUAUAUUGCCCCUCCUUUGGAAAUGUCAUCCAUCCAAUCGGUGUUCCCGCCCUAUGCCAUGGUCCUAGGUAAAGACGCAUUGGAAAUUUACGGGAAGCCCUUAUCCGAUUUUGAAUUCAUUACCAGUGAAGGCGAUUCCAUUGGUAUCCCAUGCUAUUUAUUGAGGAAAAGAUGGGGUCGUUAUUUCGAUAUGCUCCUAUCUCAAAGUUAUACAAAAGUUUGUGCUGAUUAUGAAACCACUGGAACUCAAUCCACACUAAUUAAAUUCUCUCCGCAUUCGUCUAGAAAUAGUUCUAAAGCCGUAAGGCCAGAAGGCAGACUUUCUUCAUCAGGUUCACUGGAAAAUUAUUUUGAAAAAAAUUUCCCUAUAUUUGCAAGAACAAGUGUCGGUGAAACUCAAAGUUCCCGUCCUCAGGUAGUAAACAUAGACAUGAAACUUUCGAAAACAUCUAGUGCACCGGAUGAACUGAGUUCUUCCGGGUCUUCCGAUUUAUACUCAACUCCGCAUUACCAACGUACUAACGAUGAAGACGAUGAUGAAGACCCUGUUUCUCCAAAGCCUGUAUCGAAAUCGAACAGUAUUUAUAGACCAAUUAGGAAAACAGAAAGUUCAUCUACUACUAGCUCCUCAAAUGGUAUGGUAUUUAGAGUCCCCUUUAAAGAGAAAGCAGCAGUGAUGUCAAAUACAGAAGCACUCUUGGAAACAAAUCUUUCACUUCAAGAAUUGAGCAGAAGGAGAUCAUCAUUGAUGAGUAUCCCCUCCGGCGAGCUUCUGAGAUCAUCUAUAUCUGAGGCGGAACAUCACCGUCGCGCAUCACACCCCAUCACUUCCUUACCAGUAUUAGAGGAUGAGGAAGCGUCGAGCGGUAAACAACAGCAACAGCAGAGUUCGCAAACAUAUCCUCAUAGUCAUUUGUCUCCCCGGAGAUUUUCGAGAAGCGCAAGAAGCUCAAUUUCCUACGUAAGUUCCACUUCUGAUAGGCGCGGAAACUCAAUCUCUAGUAGAAGUACAAGCGAAAGCUUUGGAACGCCACCGGUUUUAGGCGUUUUAAAUGUACCACUACCACCCCAAACCAAAGAACCCAAAGAACCACCGCCACCAUGUCCUGGAGCAAGUACUAGUUCGAACUCAAGACGGUGUCAUACUCUAACGGACUACAUGCAUUCCAACAAGGCUAGUCCCUUUUCUUCUCGUAGGUCAUCACACGUCAGUAGGCGCUCUAGCACACCAGAGACUGAAAACGCGUUUUCUGCUACACCAAGGGCGUCCUUAGAUGGCCAAAUAUUAGGAAAAUCCCUAAAGGAUGGCUCUAUAUUGCAGCACACACAAUCGAGAAUGAACUCUUUUCCGAAGGCAAAUGAAACAUUGCAAACUCCAACGUCGUCAAAUAACGAAUGGAGUCGCCAAUCAGUUGCUUCAAAUACUGAUAGUUUUGAUAGUAUGCAAUCCAAUUUUGCCUUGGAAUUGGAACCGCUAUUAACCCCAAGAUCAUUGUACAUGCCUUGGCCAACUUCCUCAGUUAGAGCGUUUGCCGAAUUCUUUUAUACGGGGCAAGUAAAUAGCAAAUGGAUUUUGGCACCAGUCGCUCUUGAUUUAUUAGUAAUGGCCAAAAUCUAUGAAAUACCAUUACUUUAUAAGCUAAUCCUCGAAGUGUUGUAUUCAAUUUUGGCUAAAAAGGAAGAGAGUUUAUCCUUAACAUGUACUUCGGUAAUGGAUACCAUCCAAUCCAAAGUUCUCAAUCACUAUAAAGGUGAUGAGGAAAAAACGAAAAGUCAUCUGACUUCGAACGAAACUUAUCAGGAACUUCUUAGAUUGAAAUUAUCAUUAGAGAAUAUAGAUAAUGGGUAUUACGACCCAGAUUUGUUGCGCAAACAAUCAAGAACACACUCUUCAAGUACACAAGAAAGUAGUGGUAGCGGAAACGGCGAGAAAUCCGCUACCGGUGGUGAGUCCUUGGACAGUUCUUCAAGUAAUGUUCCUACUGUCUUUGCUGGCGGACCUAGGGAUAGUCAUAACUCUAUCGGUUCCAUUGGCUUUCCAAAUAGCAUGAAUAUGCAGGGCUCGAGGAGAUCUACCUCUGGGUUUUCUCCACGUGUUAAGAUGAAGUCAAGCUUGAGCAAAGAAAUAGAUCCAAAAACUUUUUAUGACGAAUACAAGGCAAAAGAGUGUAACAGCUUUGACGACAAUGAUGACCAACAAACGAAUAUAGGAAGCUUUAAUCUCAAUCUGUUUGAUAUGAAUUAUGAUUCCAUCAGCAGUAGUAGUACUAAUAGUGUUAGUAGUAGUGAUCUAGAAGAAAAAGAAGAACAGGAACAACUUCAAGAUUUGUCAGAGAUAGAAACGGAAGAUUCUGCUGAAAUUUUGGACGCAAGGGUUCAAAACAAGGAAAGCAAUAAACCGAUGAACGAUUUUCCAAAAGAUAAGAAAUAUAACUACCCACCACAGGAAAAGAACAACUGCUCAAAGGCAAAAGAAGCCAAAGAUGACAGAGAGGAAGAGGAAGAGUUUGACUUCGGCUUGGGGAUGCUUUCACUUAAUAAAAUAAAAAGGGAAGCUAAACAUGUCGACAAAAUAGAUGACUCUGUGGACCCCUUAUUCAAGUCUUCUGGUCUUCCACAGAGUCCAAUUCGAACGUAUGGGUCUGCCACAAGAGCUAGUUCAGCCUCCGGAAAGCCCUAUAAAGAUACUCGGUCCUUUAAUGCGAUCACUGUCUUAACACUAGAAAAUAUGGCAUCUGCAAAUGCAUUGCCUCCGGUCGACUACGUCAUAAAAUCGAUUUACAGAACCACUGUGUUGGUUAAUGAUAUUCGAUUGAUGGUUCGUUGUAUGGAUUGCAUUGAACUGUCUAAAAAUCUAAGAGUAGCCAAAAAGAAAGCCCUCGAGGACAUAUCUAAAUUGAAAGCUACUCCAAAACCAUCACCGUAA